CAUUUGUGACAAUUGGCAACGGAUAAUCUCAUAACAUAAAAUUGGGUUUUCGUUUGUUUAAAAAAAUUAUAUAUAAUUAAAUGUUCCGUAAAUAUUAUUACUAUUAACCACAAUAAAUGGCUCUUUUAAAACUUAUUGUAGUACAGCUACAGCAACUAUGGCACUCAGAAAUAUAGAUUUUGAAGCUUAUGGACGAGUUCAAGGAGUAUUUUUCCGGAAGUACAUAAAACAGCAAGCAGAUAAGCUACAACUUAAAGGUUGGUGCAGGAAUACCUCUCGUGGAACAGUAGAGGGUCAAAUGCAAGGGCCCUCUUAUAAUUUGGAAAAAAUGAGUAACUGCCUGGUAAAUCCGGCCAACCCAAGGGUUCUGAUCGAAAAGGUGGAAUUUAAAAACGACAAACACAUUACUGAAUAUACUUUCAGCAAUUUCGAUAUACGACGUGACGAUUAAAUCUUAAAUCGUUCUUUAUUUAGUUUAAAGCAAGUUUGUUACGGCUUUAAAAGUCCCCAUGUGCUAUUAUUUUUACCUUUUUCCGUACUUAUCCAGCUUAUCCAGUAUUCUUCUUUGA